AUGCAUGCGUCUCCCAUAAAGUCUUUAGUACCCGACUCACCGGCAGUGCUGCAACCAGUGCAUCAUGCACCUCCACAAGCGGUACCACCGCCGUCAUCAUUUCCCCCAUUUAUGGGUUCGUCACAUGCAAAUCACGGUGGACAUUCCUUUAUGGGACCACCUCCGCAGAUGGUUCCUCCUCCCGGUUUUGGCAUGAGACUACCUAUGCCCCCUGGACUUCCUUCCGGAAUGCCGCCCGGUAUGCCUGGCCAGAUGUUCGGCAUGCCUCCCGGUGGUCCGGGUAGUAUGGUAAUGCCGCCACCGGUGCAUCCUCCAGGUGGCAUGCCACCUCCAUCUUCUAUGCCGCCACAACCAUCUAUGCAACCACCAGCUUCUAUGCCCCCUGCAAUGCCUGGUGUUUCCGGAAUGCCCAGGCCAGGCCCUCCACUCCCUCCAGGAGGAGGUGGCCCACCUCCUGGUCCUCCACCAAACUUUGGUUCUCCACCAAUGAGGGGAGGCUUCGGAGGACCUGGGCUUGGCGGAUUCAGAGGAGGCCGUGGAGGCGGAUUCGGUGGACGAGGUGGUGGUGGAUUUCAUGGAGACCGCCCCUUCAACAGAGACGGACCUCCGAAUAUGCCACCGGCCAGAGGCAUGAACGAUGACAGGCGUGAUAUGGACAGAGAUGGCAGGAGACCUUGGAAUGAAAGAAGCGAUCGUGGAAACUUUAGAGAUGGUCCUCCUCGUAGACCUUGGAAUAAUGAUGGAAGAGAUGGAAGGGAUAGGGAAUUUGAUAGGGAUAGACGGCGUGAUGAUAUCAGAGGCGACAAAAGAAGAAGCCGUUGGGGAGAUUCGGAUGAUCGUGGGCCGGGCCGUUGGGAAGGGAGAGACAGACGUAGAAGCGAAAGGGACGAAAGGGACAGAAACUUUGGAGACAGAAAUCGGGAGCGUGAUAGGCACAGAGACAUCGAUAGAGAUCGGGAAAGGGAUAGGGAAACUGACCGAAGAAGAGAUCGAGAUAGAGAGGACAGGAAUGAUAGAGGUCGCCGCGAAAGAGACGACCGUGACCAUCAUAGGUCGAAGGAAAGAGAGGUAAGACUUCACAAAACGAACACGAAGGCAGUGAAUCGGCAAAAUAGACCCUGGUCAGAUUUUGGUAGUGCUAGGUAGUG